CACACUGGCUGUAAAAACGUAAACAAUCUUGGGGCAACACGUGCAUUUACUUCGUUCUCGUUUUAUUGAAUAAAAACAGUCUUAAUAAUGGAAUUAUUCACUGUAAAUAGAUAUACAGAGGAUUUAAAGAAGCCCAAAGAUGGAAUCCAAGACACCGCCAACAACGAGGAUGAAAUACUUCAAAAAUUACUCCAAAAGGCUGCCAAACGCAAGAGGAAACACAAAGAAAUUGAAGUUACAGAAGCGCCAGUCACAGAAAAUGUUGUCCCAGAGGAAACGGAGAUUAAAUCCACUGAGGAGCAGAAGGAAGAACUUGAAAAACCCCAAGAAAUCGAUGAGGAGCCCUUGCCCUCCAAUGAGUUUCAAGUUCUUGGUGGCGAUGGUUCGGCGGCCAAGAAAAAGAAAGUGGAGAUGCAGCUGCCCAGUUGGCUAGCUCAUCCGACGAUCAUCGAAGGUGGAAUCCUUCAGCCCGAGGAGGAAAUACCCGCUUCCGAGGCCAUUGAUCAGCUGGAAUACCUGGAAAAGACCACCUGUAUGGCUCUUAAGCAGAUGAAGAUCAAGCGCUUGUUUCCUGUCCAGCGGCAGGUCAUCCCCUGGAUUCUGGAGGCACAUGCCAAGCCAGCACCCUUUCGUCCACGGGAUAUCUGCGUAUCUGCUCCCACGGGCAGCGGAAAAACCCUGGCCUUUGCCAUACCCAUUGUCCAGCUGCUGAAGCAACGUGUUGAGUGCAAAGUUCGGGCUUUGGUCGUUCUACCAGUGGCCGAGUUGGCCCUCCAAGUUUUCCGGGUCAUCAGUACGCUGUGCAGCAAAACGGAACUGGAGGUUUGCCUGCUGUCCAAGCAACACAAACUCGAGGACGAGCAGGAGAAGCUGGUGGAGCUGUACAAGGGCAAAUACUACUCCAAGGUGGACAUUGUGGUAACCACACCAGGUCGCCUGGUUGACCAUCUGCAUGCCACCAAAGGCUUUUGCCUGAAGAACCUUAAAUUCCUGAUCAUCGACGAGGCCGAUCGCAUAAUGGACGCAGUUUUCCAAAACUGGCUGUAUCACCUAGACAGCCAUGUCAAAGAGACCACAGAUCAGCUGCUGGCCGGCACUCAAGCACCUCUGUGCUACGCCGAACUUCAGUCCAGCUUUGGCAAGCAGCCACACAAACUUCUGUUCUCGGCCACAUUGUCACAGGAUCCGGAGAAGCUUCAAAACCUGCGGCUCUUCCAGCCGCGUCUCUUCACCACCGUGUUUACCAUGCCCGUGAUUAAGGCAGUUACCGAUGACGUUGCUGAUCUGGAAGCAAAUCAAGAUCAAGGACAAUUUGUGGGAAAAUAUACAACACCGGCGGAGUUAACCGAACAAUUCUGUGUGACGGAGCUGCGGCUGAAGCCGCUUACCCUGUUUGCGCUGGUGGAAAAGUACCAAUGGAAGCGGUUCCUUUGCUUCACCAACAGCACAGAUCAGGCCAGUCGCCUGACGUUCGUGAUGAAGUCACUCUUUCAGGGGACUUCCACUACUGUGGCCGAGUUGUCGGGCAAUCUCUCGGCUCUCGUGCGAAAGCAAGCGCUCAAAGAGUUCGCAGCUGGUAAAAUAAAUGGACUGAUCUGCUCGGAUGCCCUGGCGCGUGGUAUAGAUGUGGCCGAUAUAGAUGUGGUGCUCUCCUACGAGGUGCCGCGCCACAUCAAGACCCACAUCCAUCGAGUGGGACGAACGGCUCGAGCGGGAAGAAAGGGUACCGCUGUCACCCUGCUCACCGAACAGGAUCAGGCUGCGUUCAAGAAAAUCGUCAACGAUGUGGGCAAGGGACUGGGCGAAGAGAUCCACGUUUCUCCGGACAUUGAGAUCCAGCAUGCAGUUAACUACAAAAAGGCUUUGGACCAUUUGCGUGUCUGGCAGCAGAAGGAGAAGGCUCAGAAGGCGGUGCAGAAGAAACGAGUGGCCACUCAAGCUUUGGUGCAUAAAAAACAAGAGGCCACUGCCACGGAUCGUCCUUUGACGGUCAUGGAGAAGCUGCAGCUCAAGGCGGGUGUGGCUCAAACGGAAGGUCUCGCCAAACCACAGAGCAAAAACCCCAACGCAAACAAAUCAAAGGCACAGCCCAAGGAAACAAAGAAGCAACGCAUAGCCAAAAAACGAAAGGACAUCGAGAACUAAAAUUUGGAUUAUGUUAUUUUGUUAGUUUAUUUAAAUAUAUACAAAUGUAAAUAACAA